CCUAGGUGACAAUGACCGUUGACAAUGGGUUGUGGAGGAAGUAAGGAUGAGGGUCCCCUUUUUGUCCGAGUUGCCGACCCGUACACUCUUAACUUCUUAGGGGUUUACGAAAGUUUUUGGGAUUUCCGAGAAACAUCUGAUCGUUUUCAUGGCCAGAUCCCUCCCAAAUGUAUCCAGCUAUGGACGGACACAAGCCUUCCCCCUCCCAAAGAUUGUCAAUCUUUUCGGGCUGAGAUAGAAGGAGUUCACUCUAUGCUGCUCUGCCGGGAUCCUGUAAGCCCGGACUUAAAUCAAGGGGAACUUGAUACGACCUACUUCCUUAAUGUCAUCGAAAAGCUGACCCCACGAACUGAUAUCAUAAAACACUUGAUACCCAACGAUAAAACCCGAGUGAUUUACAAAAAGCAGGAGAUCUACGUGGGCGUUGUCCACUGCAGGGUAUGGAGGUUCGGCCGCUGGGUCGACAUUUACGUGGACGAUUCUGUCCCUUGUGUCUCCAACAGCGGGGGUAUACGUCUCCUAUCCUAUUGUCACGACAAGGAUGAACUUUGGUUAACCUUUCUAGAAAAAGCAUGGGCAAGAUUCUGGGGUGGCUACACAAGCAUUGAAUACGGGUACAUACACGACACCUACCUAAGUCUGACGGGAGGGGUGUAUGAUGCAAUAAAUCUAGAGAGGACCCGACUAAAGCCCGGGGAUAUCUACUACAAGAUCCGCCGGGGUAUCGCCCAGGGGGCACAUGUUGGGUGUUCUGUGUCUAGGAAACAUGAUGGGGUUUAUGGGUUAACCGCUGGUGAUACAUUCACCAUUUUGGAAACAUAUCAAGUUCAUACGCAAAAGGGCAAAGAAAUUCAUCUUCUACGCAUGCGUGAUCCUUUGGGAUAUACGCUUUGGAAAGGGCCAUGGAAUGAAAACGGAAGUGAGUGGGCUUCGUUACCCCUAGAUAGUGACAUUAUGCAGAGACCACUUUGUGAUAACGAAUUCAUCAUGGCCUUCCGAGACUUUAUUGCAUACAUGGAGUAUGUCUGUGUGUGUUCUAUAACUCCUGUGGUCGACCAGGAAAUAAACCAAUUUAUACGUCUCAAAUAUUGUACACAUGUAUUUGGGGAAUGGUACGGAAUGACAGCAGCUGGCAGUAAAAAAAUUCUGGAUAAUCCCAAAUUUUGUUUUACCCUUCCAAGUCGAGGAUUCAGUAAGGAGCAGACACCAAUGGUCGUAGGAAUUUCCCUACUUCAGCUCUGUAAAGACAGAUUAGACGACAGAGUCCCCAUAGCACUAAGAGUAUUCAAGGCCAGGCAACAGAAGCAGGGGAUGCUGAUUGAGGAGAUCGGGGAGACGUUUGAGCAGGGGUUCCAACAGAUUCUGAGGACAUUCAAACUAAAACCGGGAAAAUACAUGAUCCUCCCCCACACAGCCAAAAUGAAAACAGAGAGGCAAUUUCUACUGAGGAUUUAUACCACAUUUCCGAUGAAGCAUAUUCAAUGGGUUCCUUCAACUGAACCAUUGCUUCUUCUAAAGGAAGACAAACCUCUUAAUCUCAAAGACCUGAAAUGUACACUAGACUGCUGUGAGGAGAUUUGGGGGCGGUGGUCAGAGGGUCUUCAGGGAGGAUUCAUAUACGACAGAGACUUUGAUUUGAAUCCCCAGGUGGACAUCUCCGUACCAGAAGGAGAUGAACUCAAACAAGUGAUUCGUUUCAAAGUCCUUAAAGACUGGAACUCUGACGAUGCCUGUCUGGGAUUUAGGUUAUUUCGGGUAGGUCCAGAAGAAUUGAUACCAAAGGAGACCCAGUGGUUUUAUGAUCAUUGGGAUCACACUGUACGGUGUAGGGACGGAUCUAUUGAAGGCUGGGAGUGGGACUAUCUCGCUCCCACUUUUCAAGUAGAACCUGGACGGUAUUGUGGGAUUCUCUACAAUGAAAAGCCCGGGGGGAGUAACACAGCCUUCUGCAUCAUGGUGUAUUCUGCAAUCCCACUGCAGAUCAAAUCUUAUAAUUUGGGAAAAUAGUGCUUAAGACAUCACCAUAGUGAGAAAA